AUGCAAGCGCAGUACACGGAGGCCCUUCACCACGCCGAGGCGGAGCGGCAGCGGUUAUCCCGCGAGCUCGACCACGCCCGAGCGCGCGAGGCAGCGAUGCGAAGCGAGGCGAUGCCGGAAACGACGCGGCCGCAUCGCAGCCCGCCCCAAACGAUGCGCGAUGCCGCGUUGGAUCCGAUUCCGGCAGCGGCGGAUCGCUCGAUCGCGGACGAGGCGGUGGUGGCGGUGGUGCAGCUCUCGCCCGGGCGGGCUGGAUCGGCAGAGCCUCAGGGAUUCGCCGACGACGCCGAUUCGCGCGCGCUUCCCACGGCAAUUGGCUUUUGGAAGCAGACAAGCGAGCGUCUGCGGGCGGAGCUCGACCGCCUCAGCAGCGCGCACAAGGUAACCGUGCAGACGCAGCUCGCCACUGCGAAGGAAAACGACCGGCUGCUGGAAUACACCGCCGACCUCGAGCAGCGCCUGCGAACGAAGGAGCAGGAGCACGAUCGGGAAAAGGAAAACCUCCUCCGCACCCUCCAUAACCUUCAGGAUGAUAUCAAGAGCAAGGCUACCGCGUUGGAUACUCUGGAGGAGGAAGCCCAGGUGAAGAUCGGGGAAAAACGACGCCGCAUUGCGGAGCUUGAAGGGCAGGUGGAAUCCCUUCAGGAAGCGCAGGAAAGACAGCUGGAGGGGCAUGUGAAGUACCGAGAGGAGGCGGCCGCACGCGCAAAAGAGCUGGAGGCCGCCUGCGAUGCCCUCCGCGAGGAGCGACGGCACCACGAGGAGGAAAUUCACACCCUCAAGGCGCGGCUUGGCGAGCUCGAAAAACGCGCCACCGCGGGGGUUCAACUCCAGCACCUUGAGGAGCAGCACCAGAAGGAGAAGGUACGCCUCAUAGAGGCGAUCCAGAUCGCGCGGGAGCAGCUGAUUCGUCAGCAUCACGCGAGCUCCGUGCUGAUUCAGCAAAACCAGGAGAAGGACGUCGCCUUGAAGAAAAAGGAACAAGAACUCGAGCGCUGCAUGGCUGAGCUGGAGGAGGCCCAGAAGAGUAGCCGAGCAAGGCAAAAGGCAACCCUCGAGAUGCUAUCUCAGAUGAUUCUUACUGACAAAUAG